GUAACUAAAUGACCAUGGAAUCUGGAGCAGAGAACCAGCAGAGUGGAGAUGCAGCCGUUACAGAGGCAGAAACCCAACAGAUGACAGUACAGGCACAACCACAGAUUGCAACGUUAGCCCAGGUAUCUAUGCCAGCAGCUCAUGCAACGUCUUCUGCACCCACAGUGACCUUAGUUCAGCUGCCCAAUGGGCAGACGGUUCAAGUGCAUGGAGUAAUUCAGGCUGCCCAGCCAUCAGUUAUUCAGUCUCCACAGGUCCAGACAGUUCAGAUCUCCACUAUAGCAGAAAGUGAAGAUUCACAGGAAUCAGUAGACAGUGUUACAGACUCACAGAAACGAAGAGAAAUUCUUUCCAGACGACCUUCCUACAGAAAAAUUUUGAAUGACUUGUCCUCAGACGCCCCAGGAGUGCCAAGGAUCGAAGAAGAAAAGUCUGAAGAGGAAACAGCAGCACCUGCCAUCGCCACUGUUACGGUGCCAACUCCCAUUUACCAAACCAGCAGUGGGCAGUACAUUGCUAUUACCCAAGGAGGAGCAAUACAGUUGUCUAACAAUGGCACAGAUGGAGUACAAGGUCUCCAGACGUUGACUAUGACCAAUGCAGCUGCAACCCAACCUGGCACCACCAUUUUACAAUAUGCACAGACCACAGAUGGACAACAGAUACUUGUACCCAGCAACCAAGUUGUUGUACAAGCUGCCUCAGGAGAUGUGCAGACCUACCAGAUUCGCACCGCCCCUACCAGCACCAUUGCACCAGGCGUAGUCAUGGCAUCUUCUCCAGCACUUCCAACCCAGCCAGCAGAAGAGGCUGCACGGAAGAGAGAAGUGCGUCUAAUGAAGAACAGAGAGGCAGCACGUGAAUGUCGCAGGAAGAAAAAGGAGUAUGUGAAAUGUCUAGAAAAUAGAGUGGCUGGGCUUGAAAACCAAAACAAGACACUGAUUGAGGAGUUGAAAGCACUUAAGGACCUUUACUGCCACAAAUCAGAUUAAUUUUGGAUUCCCGUUUUCAUUUGUCCAGGUGGGAUAGAGACUGGUUCUGGGUAUACCCAGAAAGACAAAGUAAACUUUUUAUUUUCUAAACAUUUCUUUUUUUCUAUGCGCAAAACUGCCUGAAGCAACUACAGGAUAUACUUCAUCUGUGCUUUGCAUCAAACUGUGAAUGUUCAAGUACUUGCCUCCUCUUCUCCCCCUACAAGAUUAUUUUCAUCAUCAGUCUCAGCGUGAAGAAGAACAACAGGCUUCUUUCUCGUCUCCCCAUCCUCUUCAAGGAGUAACAGUGGUCACUUGGGAAGUUACUGCGGGGAGGGUCCUUUUGUAAUGAUUUCAAGAAUUCGUGCUGAGCUCUUUCCAUUGCCUUAGAGACAGAACCACCCCAGCCUCUUGGUCCGGAGAACUGCGGGCCACAUACGUGGAGCAUCCAUGGUGCAAUGAAGAAGCAAUGGUUGCCAAAUUGGUUUCACAUAUUCAUUAUGAACUAUAAAAAUACACAGCUAAGCAGCAUGCCAAACGAAAGGCGCUUCACAGUCACGUUCUUGGUGUGGAGAUAACAUACCUUUUUCAAACUAGCCCAGGAGGGGUUUUGAUUUGUAAUCUGUGUUAAGCCCUCCUGGACUAGUAAAAACUUCUCCAUACUCCAGAAACAAAUGCAUUGAAAUGAGCUUCACUGGUCAGUUGUUGCUUCUUAAAGCUUAUGUGUGCAAGUGUGUUCAGCAUUCUGAAUGCACAAAAAGCAAACACCAACCUCAUAGGAUAUUGGUUGGGAAAUGAUAUUGGGAUGGGAGAGGAAUUCAGAACAAAAAAAGUACAAUAGUGACGUUUAGAAAACAGUCACGUAGUAAGCAAGGGUAACACAUGAAAGCACUACCUAUUUGUAUGCAGAACAACUAAGCAGUUAAAGCAUGGCCAAUUCCACAUACAUACUUGCUGAUGACAGUAUAGUCUGUGUCCCAAGUCCUCUCAAGCAAUGAGGUUAUUUCUAUUUCCCUACCACUAUCUUAUGUAAUGGCAAUUAUUGUACGAAGUGGAAACAUCAGCCUGGCUUGCUAGAUUCUUCUUCAAACUUUGAGGAUGCCUUCCAUGCAUAAAUUAAAUUGCAGUAUGACAACUACUAGGACAACCUCAAAUAUUGAAGAGGACUUCAAACACAAAUAUUCCAACUUCUGCUUCGCAAGGGACAAUAUUAAUUAUUUGAACCUGGCCAGGCUAGCUAAAUUCUUAAUUUAUUCAGAGGAUUUUUUCAUGUAAAGGGUCAGAUUUACCGAGUAAUUUAUUUCUGUAAGUGAAAUUACUCAUAUGCCUCAGACGUUUGCAAGAUCAAUUUUUUUGUGUGCACUGAGGAAAUGUGAUCUUUCCCAGAUUUACAUUGUUAAAAAGGUAGUUCAUGUUUAAAAACAACUCUGUACUACUCAUUAGGACUUC